GCACCGAUCCAACCGCAUUCCGUGUCCGGACAGCUCACGACGCGUCCGCACAGAACAAAACCACCGCACCGCCAUGCGACCCCAUUAACCACCACGCCAUCGCCGCCGCCAUGCCCGCCGAGGCGAAGGUCCCCCGCUCCGCCGCCCUCCCCGUCCGCCCUCUCCUCCUAGCUCUCCCUGUCCUCUCCCUUCUCCUCCUCCUCUACGUCUACUCCUCUUCCUCCUCCUCGCGCCCUGCCAUCGACUCAUCCACGGCAGCGCUGCCGCUCACCCCGUCCCCGCCGUCCCCGCACAUCCGCAUGCGCCGCGCGCGCUUCCGCUCCUACGACGACUACCUCCGCCACCAGCUCAACAAGACGCUCGACCCGCGCCUCCGCCGCGUCUGGGCCACCCGCGACUGGCGCCGCAAGGUGGACGCCUUCGCGCGCGCCUUCGCCCGCCUCCAGGCCGACGGCCUCCUUUCCAACGCGUCCCGCGCGCUCUGCGUCGGCGCGCGCCUGGGCCAGGAGGUCGCCGCGCUCCGCCAGGUCGGCGUGCGCGACUCCAUCGGCAUCGACCUCGCCCCGGCGCCGCCCCUCGUCGCCAGGGGCGACUUCCACGCGCAGCCCUUCGCCGACGCCACCUUCGACUUCGAGUUCUCCAACGUCUUCGACCACGCGCUCUACCCAGACCGCUUCGCCGCCGAGAUCGAGCGCACGCUGCGGCCCGGCGGCGUCGCUGUGCUCCACGUCGCGGUGCACCGCCGCGGGGACAAGUACUCCGCCAACGACCUGCUGGACGUCGAGGGGCUCGUCGGUCUCUUCCGGCGGUCGGAGGUCGUCAGGAUCUCCAAGGUCGACGCAUUCGGCCUCGACACCGAGGUCAUCCUCCGCAAGAAGAGGUCGCCCCCAUCACCUGAUCCCUAACCUAGCCAUCCAUUGAUCCAUGCAUGCACCUCGAUCGAUCGAUCAAUUCUUCUCCAAAUUAAACCAACCAACACCACACACGGUCCAAUCUUGCCUUGCAAAUUAUUCAAAAAAAGAAAAAGUUGCGUUCUUUGUGCACCGAUUUUUUUGGUCGAUCGAUGCGAUUGAUUUUCUAUUGUAGGUAGGUAGCUGAUGUUUUUUGGGUAGCAAUGCAUCCAUCCACCCAUUCUUGUUCUUGUACCAAUUUGUAGAAAAAGAAAUGAAAUCAUUUGCUUUCUCCCAAGAAAAGAAGUGUGAGGAAGGGAAGAAUGAUUAGGAAUGGCACGCACUUUCCCUUCUUUUCUUGAUCACCUUGUUCCUUGUUCUUCGCUUUUAAGACUUUUUGGAAAGAUUCUUUGAACGAUUUUGGCCGUGCAUGCGCGUGCUGAUACGUACUGUGGAGUAGCAGCUAGUAAAAAUGUAUACUUGGUUCACAAAUGUAUAGUAGAACGCUGCUGUUGCUUGUGGUGGGUAGUAAAAAUGUAUAAUUGGUUCAAAAAAAAGUACAGUACUCCAGUAAAAAUGUAUAGGGGAUCAGGACCGUUGGGAAAGGGGGCCAUGGAAAUGAGCAAGCGAUUGGAACCUUGCAGGCAUGCAUGGACCAUGUGUUUACAGAAACGGCAGAGCACUGUUUUGGUUGGAGCUUGGAAAGAGAGAAAGCUGGCCGAAAAGAGCCAAUAGGGAAAGGUUAGUUUAGUUCCUGAAUGAGGAACUGAAUUAUGCCAGAAUUAACCUAGGUUACUGUAAUAAUUAACUCGAUGGCAUCGUAUCAAAAUGUAACUGAAUGCCUGGUUCGAGUUGCUCUGUGUCUGAAUUGGCAUUGGUUAAUGUAGCUACAAGUAUUCAUCCAGUCAAACAUAGAAGUAUUCAUGAAAUGGCAAAAUGUGCUGCUACAAGUUACUCCUACCAAUACAUGCUUGCAGCAGACUUUUAUGGAAAAGGCAUCAGCAAGCAACCUUCUCCUUUUGAGGGGUAGAGCCCUAGAGAGAGAGAUGCCUGCUCUGUUGUUGUAGUAUCCUCUCCCAAGUGUGAGCAAGUUUCUAGAAUCAGGAGUGCAAGGCAUAAUGCAGUUGCUUAACUAGCUAGCAGUUUAACACAUAAAUAUAUGCCACUGUCAUGAUUUGUUCUCCCUAAAUAUUUUAGUGAUGUAGUAAUUGUUGCAAAAAGAUGAUUUUUUAACAUUUUUGUGGGCCUUUUCUAUUGUGGACCGGUUGGCUCAUUGCCCUUUGAGCAGCCCUGGCCCAUGCGGUGAGGAUUCUUGAGCUUUGGCUUGGAGCAGCUAGGGUAGACGAUGGAAAAUGAGAGGGAGCAGGGAAGAGAGCAGGCGGCGUCCUGGUGGUGGCGGCGUAACCACUCACCGAUCCUGCUAGGAUUCGUGGGGACUGGAGGGCGCAGCUGUAAGGAUAAGUAGGCCGGCUUCUUCUACCUCCUGGUUCACCGAUUUGGAAAUCUCCUCCUCUCUCUUGCUUUCUCUUCGAUUUAAUCUUUUGGCUCUUGGGGUUCACCAUCUGUUCUUGACCCGAUUGGAGCUCAGGUUUAUGGAGUGGUGAUCUGGAACCGCAAGGGAUUGGUGGAGGAGCUUUUGGUGGUUGGUGCUCGUCGGAGCUGUAUUCGCCGAGGGUUGCCCGUACUUGCAGUUGUGAUACACGUUGUAUCUCCAUCUUCCUCUCACCGGCAACAACUGGCGAGUGAUCGGAUUUCUAGGACAGCGGUUGUGAAGUCGUGCCUUGCCUAGAUUAUUGACUCAUUUAAUUGAUUUUCACUAUGAGUAUUCCCCUUUCUAUGUUCUGGACAGCAAGUUCAUAUUUAUGGCUGCUCGAUGAUGAUGAAUAUUUGUUGA